AUGCCCGCGGAGCUUCCCCCUUCUGCACCACAGUUUUUUAAAGAUCUAGCCGAGCUGUGUCCAAGUGAGACUCUGAGGCGACAGUUGCUGGAGCUUCAGCGGACUCGCAAUUGGAAUGACAUGACAGCCGUGCAGCGCGCGGCAAUCCCUCUUGCGUUGGAGCAUCGGGAUAUUCUUUGCAUCGCACCCACCGCAACAGGCAAAACGUUCGGUUAUUUGUUUCCGUCUAUGCUACGUUUGGCGAUGUACGCCGGAACAGAUGGUAGUUCGAACCUCACAGGCAGUGUUAGUGAAGACUUGAAUAGACCCAACAUCGAAAAGCUUAUGCAAGACAAAAUGGAAAAAGGUGAAGUGUGUCGUUAUUGUGAGUUGUCGGUGACAGAGGUGAGAGUUUGUCCCCUGACUGGGCAACCGCACCCGGACCCCGUUCCAGAGGAUGCAGCGAAGCAGCAGCGGUCUCCCAUGUGGGUGAGUGAGCUGUCAUCCGUGGCCGAGCCCCUCCUUCUUGUACUCGUUCCUACUUCCCAACUCGUCAUGCAGGUAUAUCAUCUUUGCAAGAAGUUAGAUGCAGACUUCCGCGUUAAGUUUCUCGUUCGCGCCUCCAGUGCGGAGGAGCAGAAGCGCCACCUGAACGCACUUGAGGGAUGUGAUGUGUUAAUCACCACACCGGAGACCAUGCUUCCUGCCCUGUACAAACGCAAGUUAUCGCUGAAGCGAGUUAAAGUGCUUGUUUUAGAUGAGGUUGACGACCUAUUAUCUACCAAUCACUUCGAGAAAGUAAAGAUCAUACUUGGUGCACUUCCCAAAGGUCCGCAGCGUCCUCAGCGACUGCUCUUCGGUGCCUCGCUUCCCCCAUCUGUGUACCAGAUGAUUAAGGAACAGAUGCUUCUUCCAUCUCACCGUUUCGUUUUGGUUGAUGUGAAAACUGAUAAGCUCGGGCACCCGAUUGCUCCCGCCCCUGGUUCCAUAUGUGGAGCUGCGGUUUGCGCAUCCAUAACGCAUGUUGUUUUUAUGGUUUCGCAAGCAGAGAAGAUCAGCAGGUUGGCUUGGCUCUACAGCAGCGGUAAGUUGCGUAAGGAUCAGCGAACCCUCAUAUUCUGUAAUUCGCGCCAUAAUGUGGCGUACGUGUGUGAGCGGUUGCAAAACCUUGUACCCGGUCUGCGUGUGACGACACUCACAUCCCACUCGUCCGCCACGGGGAAAACAGGUACGAUGAAACUGUUCAGCAGAGGUGCCUCCACUUGUCUCAUAUGCACGGAUAUUCUCAGUCGUGGCAUUGACUUUGCUGAUGUGAUAUAUGUUGUCCAUUAUGACGUACCAACUGAGUUCGAGACGUGGGUGCAUCGCAGUGGCCGUUGCGGAAGGCGAGGGCUGCGGGGUUACUGUUACACGUUCUUCCAACCGGAGAAUGUACGGUUGGCGAAGCCACUUGUAGCACAUCUGCGACAAACACAGCAACUGAUUCCGCCAAAACUUCAGGAAUAUGCGCGACAAUCCCUCAUCGAUGUGUUUAAAACUUCUUUAUUUUACCAUCCGACACGCCGAUAUCGACCGAGGGACCCGCAGCAGCAGGCCCCUGUUCUGGGACGCGCAACACCCCGCUUCCCGGAUUAUAAGCAAGACAGGCUGAACAAGAACUUUAGGCCUCUUUGA